UCAUUUGUGUUUACAGCCAUAAGUUCGCAAACGUUUGAACGUCAUUUUGUUAGAAAAAAAAAUUGACAGAUUGAAUUUCUCACACCGAACCGAGGUUAAACAACCUUAGAACAAAAUGGAUUUCCAAAAUCGUCCCGGUGGCAAAACUGGUGGAGGCGGUGUCGCCUCCUGGUCGGAAACCAAUCGCGACCGCAAAGAGCGUCUCAGGCAACUCGCCUUGGAAACCAUUGACCUGAACAAGGAUCCAUAUUUUAUGAAGAAUCAUCUCGGCUCUUACGAAUGCAAACUCUGUCUAACGUUACACAACAAUGAAGGAAGCUAUCUCGCCCACACCCAAGGUAAAAAACAUCAAGAGAAUCUGGCGCGUCGUGCUGCCAAAGAGGCCAAAGAAGCCCCCUCAAUGUUGGCUCCCGAGAAACCCCGUGUCGAGCCGAAGAAGUUCGUCAAAAUCGGUCGUCCUGGUUAUCGAGUGACAAAACAGCGAUGUCCCGACAAUGGACAACAGUCGUUGCUUUUCCAAAUCGAUUAUCCCGAGAUCUCGGAGGGUAUCAUUCCACGACAUCGCUUCAUGUCGGCCUAUGAACAGAAAAUUGAGCCGCCAGACCGUAAAUGGCAAUACCUUCUAUUCGCAGCCGAACCCUACGAGACAAUCGCUUUCAAGGUGCCCUCGCGAGAAGUCGAAAAGACCGACGGCAAGUUCUGGACUCACUGGAAUCGGGAUACCAAGCAGUUCUUUUUGCAGUUCUCGUUUAAAUUCGAACCUAAGAUUAUUCCACCUCCACCACCGCAGUUGCGAGUCAUGGGACCUGGAUUCGUCCAUCCACCAAGACACAUGUUCAAUGCGGUUCCACCUCCGCCUCCGAUGGGCGUGUUGCCAGUACCUCCUCCACCAAUGUAAUGAAAUACAAAUUUGAAUUGAUUUUUUUUUUUAAAUAACGUGUGUAGUUUUUCUGAAUAAAAAAAAUUAAAAACUAAA